GUACUCAAUUUACAAAUUACAAAUUUCAUCAACCGCACUACAACACCAACCACCUCGCAAACUUGCAAACUUGCAAACUCUCUCUCUCUCUCUCUCUUCUGGGACAUCCCCCCACUACCCUCACCGUAAAGACAGGGAGACAGAGAUUGCAAGCAGCCACUUCUCCGACUUUCUAAUGGAGAAGAGGUUCCAAUCCUACAACUUCCUUCUCUCUCUCUCAGGAUGGGAAGCUUCUUGGACUCCUGGACAUGUCCUUUGAGCUGUGAGGUAUGACAGGCAACACUAUCAAUGGUUUGCUUGGCUGAUGAUUUUGUUGUGUGGAAGGAUUUCCCUAAAGGUCUUAGGGUUCUCCUUCUUGAUAAAGAUGCUCCCUCUGCUGAACAAACCAAGUUGAAGCUUGAAGCAAUGGAUUAUGUUGUAUCUUUAUUUUUUAACGAGAACGAUGCACUAGAUGCAAUUUCAAGGAAAGUUGAGAGCUUUCAUGUUGCUAUUGUGGAGGUGACUAGUGAAAAUAACAAUGAUAGUAUCUUCAGAUUCCUUGAAAUGGCAAGAGAUCUUCCCACCAUCGUUGUAUCAAAUGUUCAGUGCCUGAGCACGAUGAUGAAGUGUAUAGCUCUUGGUGCAGCAGAGUUUCUUGAGAAACCUCUUUCUGAUGACAAGAUCAGAAACUUAUGGCAGCAUGUGGUUCAUAAGGCCUUCAAUGGAUGGGGAGGUGUGCUAUCGAAAUCUCUCAAGCCCAUUAAAGAGACAGUUGUUUCGAUGCUUCAUCUUGAAUCGGAAACCACUGAUGUGAAAAAUGAAAUUCCAUCCGAAGUGGACAACUCGGAGAAAGAACAACAAUUAAGUGACCAUGAUGAUAUGGAGGCAAGUGAUAAAUUUCCGGCCCCAUCAACUCCUCAGCUGGAGCAAGGAGCCAGACUGACCGAUGAUGGAGAUUUCCAAGACAAACCCAACUGCUUAUCAGAGAAACAUAGUAAAGAUGACAUGAAUAACUUGUUGGGAAAAUCUACUUGUUCCGAGUCAAAAUCCGUCGACAUUGCUAGCAAUAAUAUAAAUGGGGCCGUUAGCACUAAGGAAGCGUCAGUGUCUGCAGCCGAAGACGAGGUGAACUCACCUCCUGAUUCGAAAAGUGAUGUAUCUAGUGCUUUAAUAAAAGAAGACUCCUUACCGUCUCAGAAUGCAGAGAAGGCGAAUUCAAGUGGUGAAGAUUCAAAGAAAAGAAAGUCUUUUGAUUAUAAUAAUCCUAAUUCACAUUCAAACAAGAGCAACAAGAAAAAGAUGAAGGUCGAUUGGACGCCAGAACUGCAUAAACAAUUUGUACAGGCUGUUGAGCAGCUGGGAAUUGAUCAAGCCAUUCCUUCCAAGAUAUUAGAGUUGAUGAAAGUAGAUGGCCUAACAAGGCAUAAUGUGGCUAGUCACUUGCAGAAAUAUCGGAUGCAUAAGAGGCACAUUUUGCCAAAGGAUGAUGAUAGGAGAUGGCAGCACCAUGCCGAUCCUAUGCGAAGGGGUAAUGUGCCAAGAUCACUUGUGCCCAUUCCACCGUAUCGUUACAAUUACGGAUAUCCAACAGGGCAGGCCUACCCUGCCUGGGGUCACCCGGGUUACCACCCUUCUGGUGUUCAAAUGUGGAAUCACGCUGCUAUCCAGCCAUGGCCUCGGCCUCCAGAGAGCUGGACUUGGAAGCACUACUCCGGGAUUCAUGCAGAUGCAUGGGGUUGUCCUGUUGUGCCUCCUUAUGGCCAGUACUCUUUGCCGUCACAGUACACUCCAUUGAAUAAAAGCUUGGAUUUAACUUGGGAUCAGAACAAAGAGCUGAGAGCUUUUGCCGGUUUCAAUCUGGCAGAGGAAGUGAUAGACCGGGCGGUGAAAGAGGCGAUGAACAAACCGUGGCUGCCGUUGCCACUGGGGCUAAAAGCGCCGUGCACGGAGAGCGUGUUGGCAGAGCUUCACCGGCAGGGGAUUCUGAGCAUACCGCCUUUGCGGAGGUGAUGAUGACGUGGUCUAAUUGUUGAUCACAGGUGAGCUUUGUGGCUGUGAAUAAACGGGCGGCAAUGCAUGCACUGCUGGGACCUGAAAGCAUAUGCAUGCAUUAGGACCAACACCAAAUUGCUGCAUUUGCAUGCUUUGGUAGUCACUAGACUCACUACUCACUAGUCAGCAGCAGAGCUGUACAUUUUGGGCUGUGUCUUUUUUUUUCUCAACAUUGUCAGAUGAACUUUAUAUUUGUUGGAUCUAUGCUGGCGCACCAUACCUUUUCAGAUCAAACUUGUGGGGUUGCUUUUGAUCCUGUCUGACUUCUUGUUGCUCUUCUCUUGUGUAUAUUAUUAUUCUUAUUCUUAUCUUA